CUUCGCUCUGCCUCAUGCUCUCUACACUGACUGUCACUCCUGACCGAUCCCAGUUCUUCCAGUAUGACCAAAUCACUCUUACCUGUGUGACAAACUCCAGUGGCUGGAAAGUGAUGAGUACAAUAAAGACCAGCCCUCUUCAGGAACGUCAGUUCAGUUUAGCAAUCUCCAAAUCCUGCACCAUUGAGGAUGCUUACCCAACUGACACUGGUGUCUACUGGUGUCAAUCUGAGCAAGGAGAAUGCAGCAACAGGGUCAAUAUCACUGUUACUGAGGGAAGUGUGAUCCUCAAGAGUCCUUCAUGUCCUGUCUUUGAGGGAGAAAAUGUGACACUUGGUUGUUUCUACAAAGAAAAUGGCAUCUCCACCUCAAACUUUGAAGCUGCGUUCUACAAAGAUGACGUCUUCAUUGGGAAAGAGAAACGAGGGAAAAUGACGAUUAAAGCAGAAGAAGGUUUCUACAAAUGUGUCCAUCCUUCUAAAGGAGAGUCACCGAAGAGCUGGCUGGCAGUGAAAGGAGUGGCCUCAAGUAGGGAAAGCACCCAAACGAACUGCAACAGCAACGAACCAGAACCAGAAGUCAGCUCUCUGUGA